AGGACGCGUGUUCAUAUAAUCAGAAUGCAAGCGGAACUGUCCACUGACUACAACACUUGCUACGAGGAUAUCUUUACAGUCCACACUCCCUUUGAGUAAAUACAAAAUAAAAAGUACAUGUAUCUCACACCAAAGUCUGGGUUCGAUCGGCUGACAUUCACUGCACCUUUUCGAAUUCGGCCAUUGAAAGCCUACGUGUGUUCAGUUCAGUCGUGACUUUGUGCGCCUGUUUUGUCAAUACCAGAUAACACAGUAUCCACGGCAGUUGCGAAAUUCCGAUAAGCGUUGCUGCUAUAAAUUGCGUUCUAUUCUAAAUUUUAUUGAAACCGAGAAUGAAUAUCUGUCCCUUGAUUAUUGCGGGAAUAUUGUGUGCAAUUGGAGUAUCAGAUGGCCUUGAAUGCCUCAAUUGUCUAAAUAUUGCUGGCCCACAGGCGUGUACACUGUUCACUGUUCAAGUAAUGAGUCCUGCUAUUUGCAAACGCUCCAUUCCGGAAACGAGGUACGUUACAACAUGGGCUGCCAGAACAAUCAGUUGUGCAGUUCAGCGGCCGUUGACCCCAACGGUAUUAUUGGUCGUUCCAUCCAGAUCAGACAGCAGUACUCUUGUCAUGAAUGUUGUAGCAGUAACCGAUGCAAUGAUCAGCUAUGUGCACACAGAAAACCAGCAUCGUGCAUUGACGACGAAACCCUGGACUGUGCCCGUCUAAACUCCAUCCUCAACGUCUGUGCUGAUGUUCAUCACGCUAGAACCAUAUGUCCAAACUUUUGCGGACUCUGUCAACUCGUUGAUGGAAACUGGGCACAGUGGGGUGCGUGGACGACAUGUAGCGUGACUUGCGAAAAUGGAACGCAAUCACGCACACGCGACUGCACAAACCCGUCGCCCACCAAUGGUGGACUCAAUUGCACCGGACCAUCUGUUGACUCCAAAAUGUGUUUGAACCAGCUUUGUCCUGUGCAUGGCAAUUGGUCAGAUUGGUCCACGUGGUCAUGUUGCUCAGUUACCUGUGAUGUGGGACUAAGAAAGCGGUCCAGGACUUGCACUUAUCCUAAACCAGACCGUAAUGGAGACUAUUGCUUCGGAGAUUCCUUCGAAAAUGCAAUUUGUCUCACAGAACCGUGCAGCAACAGAAAUGGCGGUUGGUCGACUUGGGAAUCAUGGCAGGCCUGUUCAGCCACAUGUGGAGUGGGCCUAAAGUUGACGCAUAGGACAUGCACCAACCCAAGUCCGUCCGCCUACGGCAAUUACUGCGCCGGCGACUACAAAGAUCCUGCUGUUUGUGUCAACACACCAUGCAAUUCUGUGGCAUUCAACGCUCACGGCUUCAAUGAGUUGUCCAAUGCGGUGAACGCAUUUUCAACAGUAGUUUUCAACGAAGGGAAUGCGUACAAUACCAGCACUGGGCACUUCACAGCUCCUGUGAAUGGGAUAUACUACGUUACGGUCCAAGUAUGCUGUACGCACAAUAACGGUGUUUACUUUUGUAUUGAAAAAGGCAAUGCAAACAUGAGCGUCAAGGCGCGUCUAACAGCUACCUAUCAGUCCGAAGCUAACAGCAAUUCCUGUACAUCUGCUUCCAGCUCUGUUAAACUGAUCAAAAAUGAGCAUGUGUGGGUGCUGUUGAACGGUCAAUACACCACAUCAAAUAUAUAUGAGAGUGGACAAGACGUCUGGAUGACAUUCUCUGGAACGUUGAUCCAAGAACUUUAAUAAAUUCUUGAAAUCCAA